GAUUGUGUGUUAAUCAUUGGUGCGUCAUCGUGUGCAUCCCUAUCUAUGAAUUGGAGGCGAAGGAUAGUAUAAAUAGGUCGAACAUAUACUGCAAACUCGACAACUUGAAAUAACAUUCACAUACGUGCAAGAUAUGGUUCGUUUUACCACUUCCCUUAUGGCCGUUUGGUGCGCGCUGACAUUCUGGGAGUCAAGUGGUUUAGAAGUCAUCAGACAAGAAUGUCGGCCACAGCAACCGACCGUUCUGACGUUGGACCAAUCAGAUGAGCCAUUGAUCACGUGUUCGAAUAAUGGUACCGUCGCUACACUUUCCUGCCGUGUAGACUUUCAUUGUGCUGAACACCUCAUAGUAGGCCUAAUAUGGGCAGGCUAUUUUGCUCCUAAGAACAAUUACCGUACGGACGCCAGGAUAGAAACUGAGACGGGCUCUACAACAACAGCAAGUCAUUACCAAUGGUAUUCUUUGGAGACAGAACAAAGAUACAGCUCAAAGACACACAAGCUAGCAGGAGCAGGUCACGUGCUAGAGGCGGUGCUGGAGGUUACAUCUGUUAGUGAGGAGGACUAUGGCCGGAGGUUCAAAUGUGUCGUUGUGACAGAAUACAAUUACGAGGGCACAGGGGAUACGCGUCCUGAUAUUCAAGGCAGUGUGUGUGCUAACGCCCACAUGACACAAGGUCACCAACAAAUAGCAGAGCAUAACUCAGCUGGAACGGUGACGCAUAUCGGAGGCGUGCUACUGGCGGUCCUUUUAAGUACAUAGUUAUGAGAUCUGUAUACACUUUUUUGAGGGGCCGCGGUGGCCAAGUGGUUAAGGCGUCUGACAUUCUGCUACCACUAUCCCUCCACCACUGGGUCGCAGGGCAGUCGCCAGGUACUGGCCGUAGAUCGGUGGUUUUCCUCCGGGAAUUCCGGCUUUCCUUCACCACCAAAACCUGACACGUCCUUUAAUGACCAUAGCUAUUAGUAGGUAGUAAAACACAAACAAACCAAAUCCAAUUGUAUCUUAUUUGAAAUUAUUUCAAAUAAUUGAUCUUCUCUAUUUACAUCAUCGAAAAUGACAUCAUGUUGUGUUAAUAUCUAACAUGACUUAUAAGCCAUUGACCUGUCGAAAGCAUGUUUAUGAGUUUUUAUUGAUAUGUCUGAUAUUUGUUAAGUUUUUAUUUUUUUUCUGGUUAUCCGGUUUUUGUUUAAUCAAUAUUGUUUU